AUGUCAAAUAAUAAUAAACAACCAAUCACCAAACAUAUUGAAUUUAAAUAUGAAAUAACUCCAUCAAUUAACCCAAAGGUUGAAACAAAUUAUUUAACAUAUAUUGGUGCAGAUGUAGAUUCACCCAAUCCAAAUUUAUCAUUAAUAAAAAAAGCAGCAGAUGAUGAUAUGGAAUCAAGACCAAUAUCAAUUGUAUUAGGUUGGAUGGGUUCAACUCAAAAAUUAUUAUUAAAAUAUAUAAAUUUAUGGACUUCAAGAGGUUUUAAUACAUUUUCAUAUAGAGCUGAUUAUUUUGAAACGUUAGCUAUACUUGGAUUAAGAUUAAAAGCAAUGCAUAUGUUAAAACAAAUUUCAACUUAUUUAAAAGAGAGACCAAAUUGUGAUACAAUCAUAUUUCAUAUAUUUUCAAAUGGUGGUGGAUUUCUAUAUUGGGCACUCAUUGAAUUUAUGUUGGCAAAUGAUGAAUAUAAAUUUAUUCAUCCAAUGAUAAAAGGUGUAGUAAUGGAUAGUUUACCAACUUUUACAAAUACUCAAUUAUUUACUGGAUUUUGGUCAUUGGCAAAACCAAUGGGUGGUUCAUUAGCUGCAUAUGCAACUUUACCAUUAACUGCUCCAAUUUGGUUUCCAUUUUUUAUAUUUUAUAGAAAAUAUUUAACUCAUCCAAAAAAUCAAUUUGUUCAUACAGUUUUAUAUUCAACUGAUGAUAAAUUAAUACCUGGUGCAGAAGUGGAAGCAUUUUUAGUUAGAUUAAAACAAAAUAUUAGAAAUGAUUUAAUUCAUGUUCAAAAAUGGGAAAAAUCAGAGCAUGUUUGUCAUUUAAAACAUCAUACUAAAGAUUAUUUAAAUAAUUUAAACAUCUUUUUAAAAUCAAUCAAAGCAGAAGAGAUUAGAAAAACAUUACCACAAUCAAAACUAUAA